AAGACAUAUUCUAAUAGUGUGUCUUGGGCAAUCACUCAGAAGACAUAUUCUAAUAGUGUGUCUUGGGCAAUCACCAAGUAAAUGUCCCUAAAGAACUCACAUAUACGGAAUCCUAUUUUAUCCAUUAAAGUGUCAAGUUUUUUUAAGGUGACAUUACAAGCAAAGUAUUCGUAAAGUUUAUUAAACAGAUAUAUCGAUAUGGAUGCAAACAAAGAAAUAAUUCAAUAUAGAGGACCACUUCUGCCUAAGUAUUACAAUCAGUUUUUCCAUCCAAACAUUUGUCACAUUUGUAAAUCAAGAAGCAAGUACGAUAAUUUGAUACUUUGUAAUCAGUGCCGCAUAAUUUCGUACUGCAGCAGAAGUCACGAAAUAAUACACAAAUCGCAACAUAAGGAAAUGUGCGAUAUUAUAACAAAGUUUCCAAAACUGCAAAUUCAAUUAUCAGAUCUUAAAGAAAGAAACAAGAUAAUAAUCACAACCAAGCAGAAGUUGGACCGCGAUUUGGAGCCGUAUGAGAUGCAAAUGUUCAUGUAUAUAAAAUCGUGUCUUUGUUGUAAAACAACGCAAACGUUGCGUUCCUGCACAAAAUGCUUUUCUGCCUAUUAUUGCCAGAGACAUGUACAAGAUUUUUAUGAGAAACAUAAGUUAAUUUGUAAGGAACUGAAGCUAUCACUUGACAUAAGUAUUGCAACUAUAACAGACCGUCCAGCUAGAAUAUUGCGAGACUUUAUUGCGUGUUUGAAUAAAGAUUUGCUAUGUUUUGACACAUUUCAAUUACUUUCGGCAUUUGUAUUGGCAAGACAAAGUAUCGAUUGGACCGUCGAUGACUAUGUCAUCUCUGAUUAUAUUUCAGAACCGCUAACAUUUUAUUAUGCAAUAAAGAAAACAAAUUGUUCAUAUAUUUUACAAAACAAAUGUAUUAUAAUUCACAUUAUAGCCGCAGACUCUAUAGAUAGAAGCAGUCUGUCAGCUUGGGAGAUAUUAUUACACUGUCUACCUGACUUAAGGAAAUUAAUAAUUGUUAUGAUAGGACUGCAAUUAAAGGAUGAACUGUUUAAUACACAUGAACUUUGUGAAUCUUGCAAACGUGAGAAAAAGGAACUUGGUUUUACUGUUAUUUCUGCACCGUACUACGAUUAUUUAUUCAGUCGCUACUGUAAACUACCAGACGUGGUCGUAGGAUUUCAAGUAAAAUUCGAGGAGAAGAUAUGGUCGAAAACUAUAAGAGCACUACAGACUCGACAAUAUCCAUUACUUUUAACCAGUUCCAGCAAAAGUAACGCGUUCUCUCAAGAACUUAACAUACGAACAGUUCUAAAUGAAUAUCUAUUACCUCAGCUUGAAAUAAAAAAUAUUUUCUGCGGAUAUGCUCCGCAUAGAAGCAUAUUAGCGACUGAUUAUAAUAAUAUAUAUUAUCGUAACAAGUAUAUAAUAUUUUACAAAAAUUUAUGUAGUAUAAUUAAGUAGUAAUAUAAUUAAGUAAUAUAAUUUACCUUUAUAGAUUAGUAUCUAAGAUUAGUAUCUUGGAUUAGUAUAUUAGAUUGGUAUAUGACUGUAUAUCUCGUAUAUGAUUGUAUUGUCACUUUUGUGACAUGAUCGCAGACAAUAUAAAAGAUAUCUCGUUUUUAUGAUUAGAUUAUAUAAGUUCUUAAUAAAGAAUAUUAUUUUUAGCUACA